AUGGAUGAAUAUGAUGAGGAAUAAUUUGAGCAUUCAGAGUGUUUAGACGAGAAUAAUGAAUUUAUGAACUUGGAAUAGGAGCAGUAAGGGAGUGGAGAAGGGGAAUUGGAGCAAUGUGAGAUUUGUUCCCGAAAAUUUCAUACGGAGAGGAUUGAAAAGCAUAGGUAGGUGUGCGAGAAGGCUUAAUAAAAAUAAAAGGAAAGGGAUAAGCUAAUAAAACGUAAAUAAUAAAAGAAAGCUGAACUUUAGUAGAUGUUGGAAGCUAAGGAGAAACAAGUGAAAAAUAAAACAGUUAAUAAUUGGAGAGAAUAACAUAAGUAAUUCUAAGAAAUGAUUCAUUGCAAUAAAAAGGAAAAAGAGGUUCAAAAUGAAGGUGGUGAGGAGAGAACCGUAAAGACUCCAGAAUUAGCAGAGAAUUCACAUUAUGUGUUUUGUGAACAUUGUUAACGUAGUUUUGACAGAUAUGUUGCUGAGAGACAUAUACCGAAGUGCAAGGAAAUCAAGGCUAAGCCCAAGCCUCCCAAAAAAAAAUAGCAAUAAGAACUGAAAAGAACUACAUAGUUAAGCACUGCGUCGACGACCAAUUAGAACGAGAAUAUUGAUCAAACGAAGCAAUCCUUUCGAGCUUAGAGUUUGAUGAAGACAGCUGAGGUUUAGAAGAGACAACUUCCAGAACUGAAGAAGGCCAUCUAUACAGGAUUCGGAUUCAUGGAUUGUUAAACAAGGGCGACUGCUUUGUCGGAUACUGAGUGUCCUCACUGUUUACGUAAAUUUAAUCCAAAGGCUGCUCAACGUCACGUUCCUAUUUGCGAGAAAUUAAUGAGUAAGGAAUCAUUUAAAUUGAAGUUCAAAAUUAAGGCGAAUUUGCCGAAACUAAAAAAAAUGGAGCCUGUUUUGCCAGCCAUUAUCGGUUAAUAGCCUCAGAUGAAAAAGAUACUAAAGGAGACUGAUAUUCAGUUGAAAAGUCAAUUAAAAUUUUGCACUUAAUGUGGGAACAAGAUGCAAUUGGGACAUAAGUAUUGCGGAGGAUGUGGCCAUAAGAGGGAAAUUGAAUAAUGAAUAUAUAUUUUUAUAUAUAAAAUGAAGGUCUCAUCAUUAUGGCUAA